AGAGAGAGAGAGAGGAUAGAAAUUGGGAAGCACUAGCACAACACUGAUGCGCCAAGAAACGAACCACAGAUAGAACCAAGGAGAGAAGCUCAAAGCUUCGCCCAUGGCGUCCCACACCGCCGUCCAGCCUCUUAUGGCCCUCCAUGUCCGCUGCUGCAUCUCUCGCAGACCCCGUGGUAUCCUUCUCCUCCCUCCCAAGCCUUUGCCAAAGACGAUGAGGCUCGCCGUUGCGGCAUCCGCAGCCGCCACGCCGUCCCCUGGCGCUCUGGAUCCUGGUGAACUUGAGGCUCUGGAGCGCUGUUUCAGCUCUUCUCCUGACUCCGGACCGCCUUCUGUGUCCUCUGGGGCGUCUCUUGGACCGGUUAUGAAGAAGGAUUAUGGCGCUUUUGGGGCCGUGACGCUGGAAAAAUCCAAACUUGAUCUUUCCCAGAAGACCACCAGGAUGAGUCCUGAGACAGCAAUUGGUGGAGGAGGUGGAGAUAUUGGAAAGAAAAUUAAUCAUGGUGGAGGGGAUGGUGGUGAUGAUGGGGGUGAUGAUGAUGAUUACUUUGGUGACUUUGAUGAAGGGGAUGAAGGAGAUGAUGGUGGAUUGUUCAGAAGAAGGCUUGUCCUUGAAGAGCUUUUUGACAGGAAAUUUGUAGAUGCAGUUCUCCAAGAAUGGUAUAAGACUAUGGUAAAUUUGCCUGCAGGUCUCCGCCAAGCUUAUGAAAUGGGUUUGGUUAGCUCAGCUCAAAUGGUACGUUACUUGGCAAUCAAUGCGCGGCCAACAACACCAAGAUACAUUGCUCGUGCUCUGCCAGAAUCUCUUUCUAGGGCUUUCAUUGGAAGGAUGAUUGCGGACCCUUCUUUCUUAUACAAACUGCUACUAGAACAGAUCGCCACGAUUGGUUGUUCAGUCUGGUGGGAAUUGAGGAGCAGAAAGGACAGGAUUAAACAAGAAUGGGAUCUGGCACUCGUCAAUAUAUUGACCAUAUCUGCUUGUAAUGCUUUUGUUGUUUGGUCACUUGCACCUUGUCGUUCUUAUGGGAAUACAUUUCGCUUUGACUUGGAAAAUUCCAUUCAGAAGCUUCCAAACAAUAUUUUUGAGAAGAGCUAUCCUCUAAGAGAAUUUGAUUUGCAAAAAAGAAUUCACUCAUUCUUUUAUAAGGCAGCAGAAUUAUGUCUUGUUGGAGUAACAGCUGGAUCAGUUCAAGGUGCUAUGUCAAAAUUUCUCUCCACAAAAAAAGAGGGGAGGCUGUCAGUGAGCAUUCCGUCCUUGAGUACCCAUGCUCUUGGCUAUGGUGCUUUCUUAGGGCUUUAUGCAAACUUGCGUUAUCAGCUGUUAUAUGGUAUUGAUAGAGCAAUGUUCAACCACUUUGAUGUUCUUGGAGUGGUGCUCUGUUUUACCACAGCUCUAAGAGUAUUGAAUGUUAAGAUCGGGGAGACUUCCAGACUUGCUUGGCUUGGGGUGGAAGCCGAUCCACUGCUCCAGUCCGAUGCCUUGUUAAAGGCUUACAACAGGCCUUCAGAGACCACUGAGAACCAAUCCUCUUCGAAAUGGUUCAUAUCCAAGAAUGCCAUUGUCUCAGGCCUUGGACUUCUCGGCAUUAAACAAGGUAAUGGUGAAAAUGUGGACACACCACCGAAGGCACGAAGGAAGAGGAUUGUUAGGAAAAAGGCCAGUCCAAGCUCGGCAUAAGAGAUUUCAGAUGUCAGUAGAGGAACAAUUUUGCACAAUACGUAAAAUUAAAUUGCUAGCAUCGUGUUAUUGACUUUUGUGAAAGACCCCGGUUGACCGUUCUUGCUGGCUGCACGUUUUUGCUUCCCUCUUGCUGAUCCAGGAACAAUUGUGACGUGCCCUUCGUAAUUGUUCUAUUAUGGAGAGGUUUUACUGCUGGAGAUUUUUAAGUUCUAUUUAGAUGUCUUCUUUAUGUAAGUUCUCAGAACUGCUUUAAUUAUAUAGAAACAGGAGAAAGAGAGCAACAGAUUGGUUCUUUCAUCUUGAAUUGUGACCGUAAAUGAAACCUAUCAAUGCAAGGCCUUACCUCUUUUGAACUUUGUUUGCCCUUGUUUAUUUUAUUUUAUUUUAUUUUUUCA